AUAAUAAAAUCAAACAUUUCAACACAUAAGCCAUAAAAUAUUUCAAAUAUUCAAGUAUAAAAACAACUACAAACAAAAAAAUCCACCAUUUGGAGGUUGCAAUUAUAGUAUUUUGGUUUUUCGCUCGGAAUUUCGAUUCGGUUGAAAGAACCCUGGUUUCCAAAAUAUCCAUAUUUUCCUUUCGAAUUUCGAACCGAAUAGCAUUAUUUCAGUUUCGGUUCGGUUUAAUUCGGUUUUGGUUCGGGUCGGUUUGGGUUUACCGAACCGUUUGCCCACCCCUACCCCCCCCCCCCAAUCCAACCAAAUUUUGACUUUUCAAUUUAAGUCACGCUAGUCUCUCACUCAAUUUCUAGUUAUUUUCAUGACACCAAAAAGUGAAAAAAUUUCAGUAGUCUUCUCUCAACCUCCAAUACAUAGAAUUAGAGAUUACCAGUAUUUGAGUUCUACGUAUAAUAUGCCCCUAUACUAUGUCGUUUUAUCAAACAUUCCCAUUUACUAUUUUUUACAUCUAACAUGCCCCUGUACUUUGAAAAAAUUAUGAAACAUGCCCUUCUAUUAAAAUUUCUAUUGAAAAAAUUAUCAAUCAUGGUUGAACCGAGAUUUAGACGACCCGACAUCGGCAAACGGGAGGAAAAAUGUCAGUUUAGUUCCCUGUUUAAUUUCUUUGGGUCUCGUCAAUGUGAAAUUAUUAGAAUUAUUUGGCUAUACAAAAGAGCCAAAAAAAUUCUAAAGUGAAAUUAGUAGAGAUAUUUUAGAGAUUUGUGUCGUCCAAACCAAAGUUCGAUCGUGGUUAACUGUUUUUUAUGUAAAUUUUGACAAAAGGCAUGUUUGAUCAUUUUCCCAAAGUACAGGGACAUGUUUGAUGUAAAAAAUAGUAAAUGGACAUGUUUGAUAAACUGACAUAGUAGAGAGGCAUAUUAUACCUAUAACCCUAACAAGAAAUUGUGUUAUCACAAUCUCAUCCCUUCUCCUUAUCCAUGUCCUUGCACUAGACGAACUCAAACCCUUUACCUAGUCUCUUUGCACUAAAUGUCCUUGCACUAGACGAACUCAAACCCUUUACCUAGUCUCUUUGCACUAAAUAUGAACCUAUGAUGAAUAAGUUUGAUGGAGACUUUAUUGAAUUCAAUCAAUGAUGACUUCGAUUAGUUUUUACUAGAUUUUUCUCACCUCCAAUUCUCAUAAUCAAAACUUUCAAUCACGAAGUUAAACUACAAUUUACAUUAUAUAAAAUACUCGGGAUUAGGGGGUGUUCUAACCAUUAUUUAUUGAUUUAAUUAUUAAUUGUAAAAGUAAUUAGCUUCAUAUUCGAGAAUACCGAUUAAGAUAAAGAAAAUAUUUUGAGACUGCAUUGAGAUACCAAAUUUAUUGUGAAAUUGAGAUUAAAAUUAAUUUUAUAGUGUAAUUUCAUAUUUGAGAUUUUGAUAUUUGAUACUAUUGAUUUCUAUCCUAGUUGUGAACUUGUGAUGAAGUUUGACGUUGUUCUGAUGUGACCAUAUUUUCCAUCGUCUUGACUUAAAAGUUAAAUCCCAUGGCUUUGCAAGGGUAUACCUGUCUCUCCAUCUAAAUUUCGAAUCGGAGCGGGAAAGUUGGACAAACGACGCCGCCUGGAGCUCCUGACUGGCCGACUCAGACUCUCCCGUAACAAACUCUCGACUUCCGGUUAAGGAAGAGUCCAGCGAUCACUCUCUCACUCACUCAUACCUCCAAGCUUCCAACAAUGGCGGAUGGUAAGAGUGAAACAGAGCAAAAGGAAUAAUCAAACGCAACUCUCCAUCCGAGAAAAAAAAAAUGUUGAUCCCAAUUCUCGACGUCUGCAGAAAGAGGAAGCGAACCCCCAAGUGCUUCGACUUCCACAUCUUCGGCGAUCCAGGCUCCCCGAUCGCAUUCACCUCUCCUUUCCGUGAUAACAUCAGAAUCUUCGUAAACGAGUGUGCAGAACUUGAAGAUUACGAAAUUGCAGGAAUGCCCAUAUGGUGCACUCUAUUGACCACCACAAGCAAUGUCGUCCUGCCGCUGUACACCGUCGAAGAGAGCGUCCAUUCUUCCCAGAACCCUUUCUGCGAUCAAUGCAGAUGCACUGGCUGGGGCAACAACUUGGUUUCCAAGAGAAAGUAUCAUAUCAUAAUCCCAGUCCGCAGCAGCUGGAACAGGCAACUAGAAGAAGGAUCACUCGAUCUCGAAUCCCAUCUCCUACACGGACUGAUUCACUGCAACGGAUUCGGUCACCUGCUUUGCAUCAACGGGAUCGAAGGCGGCGGUUCCAAGCUCCUCUCCGGCAGGGAAAUCAUGGACCUCUGGGAUCGGAUCUGCGGGUCCCUCCGAGCUCGUUCCGUCUCCGUGGAGGACGUCUGCAAGAAGCGAUCAAUGGAUCUCCGGCUUCUCUACGGCGUCGCCUACGGCCACUCCUGGUUCGGGAGAUGGGGUUACAGGUUCAGCCGAGGAAGUUUCGGGGUAACGGAGCAGAGCUACAACAGAGCUCUGGAAGCCCUCGCUUCUCUCCGGCUCGAUCCAAUUCUCGCGGAUUUCGAUACCAAGGGCCAAGGAGAGGAAUUGAGGCGUAUGGUUCGACAUUACAGGGAUCUCUGCCGGACCCGAUUGACGAAUCUGGGAGAGCUGCUCCGAUUCAUGCUCGAUUUGAAGUCCUGCCGCUGCGGAAGCAAGAAAGAAGCAAUCCCUAACGGCGUCAACUCAACUCCGUCGUCGAGGGUUCUGAUCAGGAAUCCAUCGCCGUUGACGAGGAAGGCACAGAAUCGAUGCAGGAAGUUCAGCUCCGUAAUCGCGACGAUGGACAGCAGAUGGUCGGCGAAGAGAAUGGAAUUCGCGGCGGGAGUAAUCGUGGAAGCUCUGAAGGUAGGGAAGAGCUUGAACGGCGAAGGGAUGAGCCGGCAGCAGGUGAGGGACGCAGCUCGGAUGCACGUCGGAGAUACGGGGCUGCUCGAUUACGUUCUCAAAUCGAUGAACAACGUCGCCAUCGGGAAUUCCGUCAUCCGGCGAGCUGUCAAUCCCAGAACCAGGACUCUGGAGUACUCCAUUGCCGACCUCGGCCAAGAAGGAUCCAGUUCCGCAGCCGAGAGGAAAUUCCAAGAACAAAGUGGACUUCUCCCAGGAAUCGAUUUGUAUGGCGACAUUAGCUAUCUGUACAAAAAUGUGCUGCUUAACUAUCCAGAUUCGGAGCUAGUGGACACUGCAACAUUGACUGUUCUAGACUCCAAGCACUUCGUCAAGGAGUGGCCGUUAAAUGACAGAUGCGACCAGCUGCUCAGAUUACUGUGUCGGGUUGACGCCAUAGAUGCCGGGGAGCAGCGAAAGCCGGAUAUCAGCGAGGUAGUAGUACUUCCACCUGAUGCAACCAUGGUGGAGCUCAAACAAGCAGUAGAGGAAGCCCUGAGGGACAGCUACGCCAUGCUGGAGAAUGUGGAGGUGAUAGAGGUUAAGGACAUGGAGGAUGUGGACGAUGAUCAAUCGUUGGCCGGAGAAAUGGAGUCCGGUUCAGAGAUUGUGGUGAGGGUGGCCGUCGCAGGAGGGAAUGAGGUGAUGAGCAGGUGUGGUAGUAGCGGUGAUGGCGAGUAUGAAGGAGGGGCUGAAAACUGGAGAGUGAAGUGCGAGUGCGGAGCUCGAGAUGACGACGGGGAGAGGAUGGUGGCAUGCGAUGUCUGUGAGGUCUGGCAGCAUACGCGAUGUGUCGGGAUCGAUGACUCGGAGAAGGCACCGCCGUUGUUCGUGUGCAGUGGAUGCUGUGUUGCUCUCGGUGGUGAGGACGGUGGUGGUAGAAUGGAGAUGAUCGACUUUGGGACAAGCGUUGAUGAUAUGCUGAUGAUGGGUGGUGGUGGAUUUGAGUAUGGGGGUUAUCUCCUGUGUUGAUCUAUCUCUUCCUUCUGUACAUGUACACAGUGUGCUGUUUUGUAGAUUUUGUACAUGACAAGUGAAAUGAAACACUGAAAUUGUUGUACUACUUCCAGAUAACAAGGUCAAGAGCAGCAGACACAAAGUUGUAAGUUGUAACAAGGUUAUGAUUACAUUUGUACAUCAUUUGCUCAGGUUAAGAAAUGAAACAUGCAUCCAUCUUGUACACACACAAAGGAAUUGCAGCUGCAGAGAGACUGGUGAGGAGCAGCUAAGCAUAACUGAGAAGUGAACAGUAUGUGAGCCCUGUCAAGUUAUAGUCUUUAGUGUCAUACUUCCAGAGUUCCAGUGACUGGCUCCAAAAGAGUUAGCCCAGCAGCCACCACUGACCUAACAGGCACUGCAAAUGUCUUCCAGCAGCAAGCAGCAUUUGCAAGUGAAUCCCUGGAGAAAAGUAGAGGUUGGGAGAAAGCUCGAGAGAAACAAAACACGGGGACCUCAUUUUCCAAUGCUUAAAUGAAACUAGACUAAUAGA